CUUUACAAGAGAAAGGACGCUACUUAAAACAGAAAAGUUUGAUUUUCAAUUUUAAAGUUAAAUUUUAAGAAAAAUCUAUUUUGUGAUCAUGGAGGAAGACAUAAAAUCUGUCUCGCAAUUGAUUCUUCGACACUAUACCGAUCAAAAAAGCACCCAAGAAAGCCUUUUUGGCAAAAAUGCGAGAGUUACACCGAUGCAAGAAGCAUUCGCCGUUCUUUUCCGUUAUCUUAAGAUGGAAAAAAAAUCGAAGAAUUUAAUUGUUUCACUUGCCGAAAAGUUGGAAGAAGAGAUCGAAAAAGAGAAACCAGCUGAAAAUUCGCCCGAUUUCAACAAAUAUCUCACACGCAAAGCUUUUUGCCUUACAGUUCGCAGCAACAAAGUCGGCGAAAACGACAAUGUCGAAAUCGAUUUUGAGCUUUUGGAGCUUGCGCUCACUUUGCUUGAGCCAAUUCGUCUUUCGUCGGAAGCUGUUGGCGUUUAUACGCAAACUUUGAACCGUUUGGCACUUGGUUUCAUGGAAAAAGGCAAAUACGAAGAAGCAAUUAAAUUAUUCAAGCAAACAAUCGCGACUUUUGAGGAAUUCAAAGCAGCUGGCUUCGAUCCUACCGAAGAUGUCAUGAGUGUUCGUGAAAUUUUUGGCGCCAAAAAGGAACGAAGUAUGUUUUAUUCGAUGAUCAUGACUUUUAGCAAUGCGAAUUUUCACAUCUACGACUGUUUCGGGCGCUUAAAAGACACAAAAAUGCAACUCAAGUUCGCCGUUCCGAGAAUUUUGAGUGAAUUUAAGCAACGAGAAGCAGCGAUGUUCGAAGCCAACAAAAUGAUGACUUCCGUUUUGGGCAGUGGUACCGGUUUGAAUUUGUAUUGCAUUUGUAUUCCAGCUAUUGCGCCAAUUCUCAAAUUUUUGAUCGAUAACCGUCGUUUUGCGCAAAUUGACUUUCUUUUGGCGGCUUUGAUGGCGAAAUUAAAGCGCCAGACAGUCAACACCGAUCAUUCGGAACAAAUUUUAUCGUGCUUGUUUGCUUUGUGGGGCAUGAAAAUUGUCAAAUAUUCGAUCGAGGCUCGCGAUGACCCGAAAUUCGUUGAAAAUAAUCCGAUUUGUGAUGAUGUUGAAGUUAUUGAGGAAUGGAAGGACGUCGCAGGGAACGAUUAUGAGAAGCAAUUUCCGACAAGCGUUAUUGAGGAAAUGGAAGAAUUAUCGAAUGUUUUCGAGAAAGCCAAAUUUUGGGCAAUUCAGGCAAGUGAAAUAUCGAAUCCGAGUCCCUUCGACAAAACUUGCCUUGAGGAGUUGAAUACUUUGGCGCAUGACAUCGCAAAGAAAAUGGUGAAAAAUUAAGAUAUAAAAUAUUUUUUUAUAUUGAAUUUUUUAUAUUUUAGGACGUUUUAAAAAUAACUAAACGUCACAAAUUGAAACUGAAGUAC